CCCCAGGGAGCUCCUGGCAACAGAGGGGGCCCCUGGAUGGACAAUGAAGUCAUAAAGCCUGGCAGUGCCCUCAGGAAGACAGCUCUGUAUGGAGGAUGAAUUUUGACCAGAAGGCUGUGAAAUUCCUGGCAAAUUUCUACAUCAAUGGGGGCAAACACUGGACUCAUGGCCCCCUUAGUCAGAAGCCUCUAUGUCCCACCCAGCCUGAGGCUACUGUGGUGUUGAGAAGCGGGGAUGAGAUGUGGCUGCCAAAGAGGAAGGGAGCCUCAGCCGGCCUCAGGCUAGGAACAUGCACCCCCAAGACGUGCCACCCUAUCUGCUCCGGGACCCUGAAGGAGCUGCUGCUAGAGCGACGCCCCCCGAUCCUGAUCGACCUGGACGUCCCCGGCCCCACCAAGUACGAGGUGCCCAACGCGUCGGUGCGAGAAUCUUCCCCUCACCCCCACUACAGCAUUGGCUGCAAGCACCCAGGCCGAGAGGGCGGCGGCCGCAGGGCGUGGCAGACCCUGUGGCUUCAGAGCGAAAGCCCCUUCACGCAGAAGGCCGACUUUAACCGAGAGCAAAAGUGGCCAUCUCCCGCCGACUAUGGGCCGCUCAGCCGAACUUCCUUCCCGGCCUUCAGCUUCGGAGGCCGUCGCCGAAGCAUUUCCAAGACUCCUUUGGGCCUUGCCCGCCCAGGCCUGCUCCGUGGCAGGGGCCCUCGUGCCCAUCUCCCGCCCCAGGCUUCUGUGCAGGCUCUGGCUGAGAAGCGCCCCAGCCCCAACACCUACGACAUCCUUCCCGGGUACCGUCUGCAGAACCCGCGCUCACCUGCCUUCUCCAUGAGCCGCUCGCCUGCCUUUGCCUCCUGGUUCAGUUCCUCCCAAACCCCAGGCCCGGCUGCCUACUAUGUGGAGGACUGCUACAAUUCACGCUUCCCCUCUGCGCCUGGAGUGGUCAUACAGGGUGUGCGAAGACCCAAGCGCCACGACACAGGCCCCUUCUGCACGCUCUAAGCCUGCUGGGCCCUGCCUGCCGGCUUGGCUUGUUAUUUAGUGGAAUGCUGGUCUCCCUUGGAGCCUCCUCCUGGAACUUGGGGCCUGGGGCUUGGUCUUCUGACUCUCUAGGCACCACUGAUUCCCUUUCUGACCAGCAGACCCUCUAUGGGCUGUGACAAGGACAGCCCAGCCCAGAGCCCCACCUGCCCCUCCCCUGCUGUACUGAGAUGCAGUUGUUCUCCCACACUCCA